GUCGCGCCGUCCGAGGUCUUCUACUGCGCCCCGGCCGACGACCCGGCGGCGCUCGCCGCGUCGUCCAUCGCCGAGGCGCCGCCGAACGCCGUCGGCGUCGCCGAGGACGUCGCGGUCGCCAAGGGCGACCGCCUCGUCGUCGUCCAGGCCUGUGUCCAGGCGCCGCGGCUCUGCGGCUCCGUCGACGCGGCGAACGGCCGCGUGCGCCUCUUCCCGCCGGGCCCGGACGCCGAGCCCCGGUCCUUCGGGGGCGUCGUGCGCGCGGUGUCCUGCGACGGCGCGCGCUUCUGGUACGACGUCGACCCGGGAGACCACGCGGCGCACGCGCUCCUGGGCUCGGCGGGCGCGGCGAUCUUCAAGACGGGCGUGGACCACACGAGCGGCAUCCGCAACGAGGGCGGCGUCGUCAGCCUCGUCGGCCUCCGCGUGCGGCCGCGGCCGAGCCCGCCGCCCGAGGUCGGCGCCGUCAAGCCCCCGGCGAGCGACGACGACGACGACGACGACGAGGCGAGCCUGCGGCGGCGCGCGGACCGCUGGGCCACGCCCCCGGGCGCCUGGGGGCGCUUCACCCACGAGGCCGCGUCC